GGCUCCGGCUGCUCCCCCAGACAGUCAGGGCUGAGAGGCGAGCAGGGACCGGGAGCUCAGCGCCCUCCCCUCCGGCGGGCUCUCUCCCAGCAAGGGGGGGCUGCGCUCAGGAGAGCCGCCUCCCCCGGCCCCCCAUGGGCGCGGUGCGCCGGGGGCCGCGAUGAGCCCGGCGGGGAGCGGCGCAGCAGCAGCCCGUGUGAGCGUCCAGCGCUGCCGGCGGGGGCAGCCCCGCUAGCCUCGCCCGCCGGGCGCCGCCUGGGAUGUGGCCGCGAGCAGAAGUCGCUGCCGCGGCCGUGAGGCGGGGAGUCGGGCGUCGAGCCUGGGCUGAGCCGGGAGCGGGUCCCGCUGCCGCCGCCAUGGGGGACCGGGGGCUGCUGCUGCGCUACCUGCUGCUGGGCUUCCUGGGCUGGGGCGCGUCCGCCCAGCCGGCGGGGGGCGAGUAUUGCCACGGUUGGGUGGACGGGCACGGCCGCUACCACGAGGGCUUCCAGUGCCCGGAGGACUUCGACACGCCGGACGCCACCAUCUGCUGUGGCUCCUGCGCCCUGCGCUACUGCUGCGCCGCCGCCGAGGCCCGGCUGGAGCAGGGCGGCUGCACCAACGACCGCGAGCCGCAGAACCCGGGGGUGACAGCUCAGCCGAUCUACGUUCCUUUCCUUAUUGUUGGAUCCAUAUUCAUCGCCUUCAUCAUUGUGGGUUCGUUGGUAGCUGUUUAUUGUUGCACGUGUUUAAGACCUAAACAAACAUCACAGCCGCCAAUACGAUUCUCUCUUCGAAGCUAUCAGAUCGAGACUCUUCCAAUGAUCCUGACCUCCACUAGCCUCCGGACACCAUCCAGACAGUCCAGUACUGCAACCAGUUCAAGUUCUACUGGAGGCUCCAUUCGCAGGUUCUCUUUCGCCAGAGCAGAAUCUGGGUGUUUAGUGGCAUCUCCACCUUCACCUUACACAUCUGGCUGCUUACAAACAGGCCAUUCUAUCCACCUAACUCAACCAGCUGGAUUUUUGGUGUCAUCACCCUAUUUUGGCUAUCCUCUCCAACCAGAACCUUCCCUAGCUGGGAGGAGCUGCCCAGAUUUUAGCUAGGAGUUUUCAAAAGUAAUAUAGCUAUAGGAAGUAUACUGCUGCAAUGUACAUUUCACAUUAAUAUGUUCUGUAAUUAUGGAACUCAAAACCAUGUGAAUGGGGGGAGUUGCCCAUUUAAAAGUGCAAGAUUGUGUAGAAACUGGUACAAAUACUUACUUUAGUUGUAAAACAGUUUCCUUGUACUUGGGCCACAACUGCAUAUAAAUUAUGAAACAUUUUAAGCAUUUAUUGCUCUCAAAAAGUGACCUUUUGAUCAUUUAUUUUAAUUUGUGCAGAAUUUCUGCAGAGAAAUGUAGAAGACCAAUUUGGGAUAAAAUUAUUAAUAACAUAGCUAGAAGAGUUAUAAAUUACUUUUGAGUUCCAAAUGAUAUUAACUCUGUUAUAACAAACCAGGGACCUGAUUCUGCAACUCUUGAACAAUUGGUGACUAUUCGUCACCAGAAUAGUCCCACUUACUGCAAUGAUACUGCUCAGGUGAGUAAGGGUCGCAGGAUCCUGACCUGGGGCUGAGGGAAGAAAGGUAUAAAAAUGGGGAGUGGGGGAAAUUGUCCAUGAUUAUAGAUACCAGAAUCGGAUUUUUUUUUUAAGUGCACAUAAUAUACCUGAGAUUAGGGAGCAUAAAUUUUACUUUUGAAAGUAAAGUGUUAGACAGAUAGGGCCAAAUAUUUUAAUAUUGUUUAAAUUUAGUUUAAAAUAUGCCCAAUCUCCCAGUAGUCCGCUCAUUAUAUAUGGAAAAAGUACAACCUGCACAAUAGAGAUUGUCUAUGUAAAAUCCUAAAAACAUUAUUACUUCAAAGCAUUUUGUUCAGCAACAUGUAUAUAAAUACAAAUUGGACAAAGUGGUCUUCAAGUUCUAUUUGUAAAAUUAGUAAUGUAUAAAAUGUAAAGACAAAUUCAUAAUUUAAAAUGUAUGUACAGCAUUGACAACAUUAAUUAUUUAGUAGUCAUAUUGAAUUGUUUUAUGUCAAACUGGUUGAAAUUUUAAUUUUUGGUUGUAAUUCGCUACAAAAUGCCAUUCAUAAACUUUGAGCCUAUUAAGCAAUGUUCAUUUGGAUACAGUGUCAGUACGUUUGUAUUUUGUUUUCUAUACAUUAAAAGUAGUAGUAAAUUUUGUUCUUUUGCAAACUAUUUUACAUCCAUACAUCUGUGAUGCUGCAGAUUUAAUAUAGUUUAUAACAGUGUUGAAUAUGCAGUUAACUUGUCAGAUUAACAUAACUGAAUUUAAAGUGUAUAUAAAAAUAAAGAAUUAUAUUAAAUUGUUUACUACACUGCUUGAAUUUACAAUAUCCCAUUAUAGGACUAGGUUUCUUCCUCUGUUCCCUUCCAAAAAUAACCAACCAACCAAUAUAAACCAAAACAAACAAACAAACCCCAAACAUUAACACAAUAACAUGUCAAGGAAAAAUGAGCCUCUACCUUUCAUGUAUUUCUAUACACAGAUAAAGCCAUUAUGUCUGUUUGGGUUUCCUGUAUUGCUACACUGAACUUGCUUAUCUUACCAAACCAGAUCUGCUGAUGUGCUAGGUAUUCUUGAAAUAUUUUAUUAUAAUAGAUGGUUCCAUUACACAAACAUUAGGGCAAGUUUAAUGAUCAAAAGCAUAUUUAAAUUAGUAUAAAAUUAAGGAAUUUAGUUAAAAUGAUGUCCACCUUUUUACAUUAAAAAUGUGGGUCAUUUCUCCAGAAAAGUCUGCUUUCUGUCGCUGCUUACCAAACACUUCAGUCAGAUUCUGUUCUCAUUGAAGCCAAAGGGGUUGACUUCAAUGGGAGCAGGCUAGGGAUCUUUCUGAAUUUCAUUAAUAUUUCCUCAAGAUUUAAGUAGAAUUUUGUUCUUUAAAAAUAAAUGCUCAGGUAUUUCUUUUUUUUACUUUUAUAUUCUAGUUUUCCUAUUGUAUUUUUUCAUAAUCUUUUCAUAUAUUUUCAUUGCAUUGUCAUUAUGAAGUGUCAAUAGCCAUUUCUACUAGAAAUGUAGUUAGUAGAACUGUAUAAGCAAGGGGAAGAAGAUUCUCUUGAUUCUAUACAUUUGACAUUUUAAAUCUAAUAUGCAGCUAAUAUUGAAAAUGUAUGGACUUUGACUUCCAUUCACACCUAAAAUCAUAAUACAAUGAUGGAUACAUUUAAAAAUAAUUUAAAACUUUAUUUCACAUCCUUGUAAAAUUGCUAUGAAAAUUUACCAGUCUAUGUUAAAAAAAAUCUACUUGACCAACCCUUAGCAUGAUGAUUAUGAAGAACUUAACACACUCUAUUCACUUAUCAAAGAAAAAAAUUACUUCUCUCCAGGAAAGGGGCAGGUAGAAUUUUGCACAUCUCUGUUAAUACCCUGUAAGGCCUGAUUCUGACUUCAACGGGAGUUUUGUUUGAAUAAGGCGUUCAGGACUAGGUCCUUAAAGAAAGUAUAAAAUAUUUUCUGGAAAAAAUUACCCAAGAGUUUAUAUAGUAAAUUAACUCUGUCAUUGUUUGGGAGCAGCCUGUAAGAUCUGUUCACACAACUAUUAAGAGUGGCACUACCAUGUCAGAGAGAGAGAUGGAUCAGAGGAGACGUGAUAGUGGUCUACAAGUACAUCCAUGAGGAGAGAAUUUAGCAGACAAAGCAUAACACGAUCCAGUGAGUGGAAGCUGAGAAUUAGAUGAAUUCAGACUAGGAAAAAGGGUAAAACAGUGAAGGCAAUUAACCACUGGAAUGACUUAUUUAGGGGAUGUGGUGGAUUCUGGCUUAAAGUAUGCUCCAUUGCAACUGUAACUAUAAGUCACAGACUUGAUAAAAUUCUGUGGCCUAUGUUAUGCAGGAUGUCAGACUAGAUGAUCAUAAUGGUCCCAUCUGACUUUAAAGUAUGAAUCUAUGAAUGCAUUAAUAACAUAAGGACAGAGUUUGCAACUUUUAGUAACGCUGAUCUACUUACUCACACAGGUAGUUUCAUUGUUUAAGCAUUAGUUAAUGUGAGUAAAAGACACCUAUGCCACAAAAUCUGAUUGUAGGGCAUGAUCCUGCAAGAUGUCAAACACUCUGGCCCUAAUUCUGUAAAGCACUUGCUCAGCUUCAUGCACAUGAGUAUUUUAAUGUAGGAUCUUGGAAUCUUGCAAGAUGGAGCCUUUAGACCUUGACAAAGGAGGGGUGUGGAUGAAGCAGCUGUGCAGAUGGGCCUUUGAAUAACCUGUGCCACUUGAGGUGGGAAGCCUGGAAAGAGGGUCCUUGGAUUACUGUAUCCAUGUUUAUGUGGAGCUAGUGACAAAACCCUAUGUGUGGACAACGAGACACUAUUCAAGUCCAUGGAUUGAAAUAAUGAUCACAGCCUGCUUAUGGUUUAAAGGUUGAAUUUACCCUAUCCCUGUAGACUCUCCAGCACGAAGUCUGAUUUAUUUGGGCUCCGUGUAGGAAUGGUGAAUUUCAUCCCCAAUGAAGAGGAAGAACUAUAGCUAUGGCAAUAUGGAUGCUAAAAAAAUCCAUAAACUGUAAUAAUCUCCUAAACUACUAUAGAUAAAUUAAAAGAUAAAUUACAUUCAGA